CUUUUCCACGUCAGUAAGUUUACUGUUAGUCCCUCUCGUUGAACAGAGUGAGAUUAUUUACAACCAGCAACAGUGUUGAGAAAGCCGGGCAUGACGUGAAAUUGCUUGAAGUGUGAGACUUUAUUUAUCGGGACACCCUGGUGUCAUUUCUUUCAAGUGCAUUGUGACAAGAAAACAUUUACAUUCAGUCCUGUUUAGCAGCCCGCUAGCGGUUUAGCUAGCCAGCCACAUCAGUGGAAAACGUACUGAACGCCAUUUUGGAUUCGCGUCCGUACAGGUUCAUUAUGGUGGACAAAAAUAUAUACAUUGUUCAAGGAGAGAUUUCAACUGUAGUUGGUGCUAUCAAGAGAAACUCCAGAUGGAGUACCCACACACCGCUGGAUGAAGAACAAGAUCCACUUCUCAAUAGUUUCAGUCAACUGAAGGAUGUCCUCAAUAACAUCAAAGACCUUUCUGAUGUGGAGCCUAAUGUGUUCCUGCGGCCCUUCUUGGAGGUGGUUCGUUCUGAGGACACCACUGGACCAAUCACAGGCCUCGCCCUCACCUCUGUCAACAAGUUCCUGUCUUAUGGCCUCAUAAAUGCCAAUCAUGAAGGAGCAGCCGAGGGGAUUGAGAACAUGGCUGAUGCAGUCACUCAUGCCAGAUUUGUGGGGACAGACCCUGCUAGUGAUGAAGUGGUACUUAUGAAAAUCCUCCAGGUUUUGAGAACUCUGCUGCUGACCCCAGUGGGAGCCCAUCUGACAAACGAGUCUGUGUGUGAGAUCAUGCAGUCCUGCUUCCGCAUCUGCUUUGAGAUGAGAUUAAGCGAGCUGCUGAGGAAAUCAGCCGAACACACACUGGUGGACAUGGUGCAGCUGCUCUUUUCCAGGCUACCACAGUUUAAAGAAGAGGCUAAAAGUUUUGUGGGCACCAAUAUGAAGAAGGCUUACAAUAUCUUAUGGAAAAACAAGCGAGUGCAGUUGAAGAUGCGCGCUGGUGGAAUGAGUGAAUCAUCCAAGUGGAAGAAGCAGAAGCGUUCUCCUCGGUCUUCUCGUCACAUGGUCCGUAGCCCCUCAGGACAGAUGGAUCAAGCUCAGCUUACCACUCUUAGCAACAACCUCUCAGGUGGAGUGCCCUUCAUUGAGCAACAGAGUGGUGGCUCUGCAGGUCUGCCUGCGUCUGACAGCGUAGCUUCCUCCAUCUCCAGCCCUACUACAGACAGUGGCCUAUAUAACUGCUCAAAGACCACCUCUAAAGAAGACCUCACAGACCUGGAACAGAUCAGCUCCACAGCCACCACUCCAGGCACAGCACCCAACGCUGAGCCAGGCCAGCUGGACUCUCAGUGUGAGGGUAGGCAGGUGGAGCGUACUCAGUCUGCCUCAGUGGAGUCUAUUCCUGAAGUACUGGAAGACAGAGAUUCGCUGGCAGAGCAGUCUGACUCUGCAUCGGUGCAUGACAUGGACUAUGUUAAUCCCAGAGGAGUGCGCUUCACACAGUCUACUCAGAAAGAGGGGGCUGCUCUGAUCCCCUAUGGACUCCCCUGUCUGAGAGAGCUCUUCCGCUUUCUCAUCUCACUCACCAACCCUCAUGACCGUCACAAUUCAGAUGUGAUGAUGCACAUGGGCCUGCAACUGCUGAAUGUUGCCCUGGAGGCCGCCCACAUUGCUCCCUAUCAGUCACUGCUGGGUCUAAUCAAAGAUGAACUCUGCAGACAUCUCAUUCAGUUAUUGGCUGUGGACCGAAUGAAUUUGUAUGCUGCUUCUAUACGAGUCUGCUUUCUGCUUUUUGAGAGCAUGCGUGGACAUCUCAAGUUUCAGCUUGAAAUGUACUUGAAGAAGCUAAUGGACAUCAUUACCUCAGAGAAUCCAAAGAUGCCCUAUGAGAUGAAGGAAAUGGCCCUUGAGGCAAUUGUGCAACUCUGGAGAAUCCCUAGCUUUGUCACUGAGCUUUACAUUAAUUAUGACUGUGACUUUUACUGUUCCAACCUUUUUGAAGACCUUACCAAACUGCUCUCCAAGAAUGCCUUUCCAGUGUCAGGACAGCUCUAUACAACCCAUCUUCUCUCACUUGAAGCCUUGUUAACUGUCAUCGAUAGUACAGAGGCCCACUGUCAGGCUAAAGUGAUGAACAGUGCUGCUGAGCAGGACCAGUCAGACACAUUAACAGUUGAAAGGGAGGUCAUGGUCAGCAAUAACACAAAUGCAGCAACAGAGUCUGUCAAGGCUGUACCUAGUUCUAAUGGACAGACUAUAGUGGAGUCUGAUGUGUCAUCAAUAUGCCCCCCAACCAGUGGGCAUCUAAUGGCAGAAAAGAUGAGACUGGGUAGGCAAGAUCAGGAGGAAACAGAAUCUGCUGAGAAGAAAACUUCUAAAAAGCCUCAGCGUUUUUCCAGCUGUCUUCCAGACUCCCAGGAACUGAUAGACAUCAAAAACAAGAAAAAGCUUCUGAUCACGGGCACUGAGCAAUUCAAUCAGAAACCUAAGAAAGGCAUCCAGUUUCUACAGGAAAAGGGUCUUCUCAGCAGUCCAAUGGACAACAAUGAGGUGGCUCAGUGGCUUAGAGAAAACCCCCGCCUGGACAAAAAGAUGAUUGGAGAAUUUAUCAGUGACCGGAAGAACAUGGAGCUGCUCGACAGUUUUGUCAACACAUUCACCUUUCAGGGGCUGCGUAUAGAUGAGGCGCUGCGUCUGUAUCUGGAAGCUUUCCGCCUUCCUGGCGAAGCGCCGGUCAUUCAGAGGCUUUUGGAAACCUUCACUGACAACUGGCAUAAAGUGAAUGGCAAUCCCUUCUUGACAAAUGAUGCUGGCUUUGCCUUGGCCUACGCUGUCAUUAUGUUGAAUACGGAUCAACACAACCACAACGUUCGCAAGCAGAACAUCCCCAUGACUAUAGAGCAAUUCAAGAAGAAUCUGAAAGGUGUGAAUGGUGGUGAAGACUUUGAUCAGGAUAUGCUGGAAGAUAUCUACACUGCUAUCAAGAAUGAAGAGAUUGUCAUGCCUGAUGAGCAGACAGGGCUGGUAAAGGAGAAUUAUGUGUGGAGUGUGCUGCUGCACAGAGGGGCCACUUCUGAAGGCAUCUUCCUCCACGUGCCCGCAGGCAGCUAUGAUCACGAUCUGUUCACCAUGACCUGGGGCCCAACCAUCGCUGCCCUCUCUUAUGUAUUUGACAAGAGCUUGGAGGAUACAAUCAUUCAAAAAGCCAUUGCAGGCUUCAGAAAAUGUGCCAUGAUUUCAGCACACUACGGCUUCAGCGACGUGUUUGAUAAUUUAAUCAUCUCACUCUGCAAGUUUACCACGCUCAGCAGUGAGUCUGUAGAGAACCUGCCCACAGUGUUUGGCAGCAACGGGAAAGCUCAAGUAGCAGCAAAGACAGUGUUUAACCUUGCCCAUCGUCAUGGUGAUAUAUUGCGAGAGGGCUGGAAGAACAUCAUGGAUGCUAUGCUUCAGCUCUUCAGGGCUGAGCUCUUACCCAAGCCCAUGGUAGAGGUUGAGGACUUUGUGGAACCUAAUGGAAAGAUAUCUCUACAGCGUGAGGAGACACCAUCAAAUAGGGGAGAGUCAGCAGUGUUGAGUUUUGUUAACUGGUUGACACUGAGUGGUGGAGCAGAACAGUCAGGACUGCGAGGCCCCUCAACUGAGAAUCAGGAGGCUAAACAGGCUGCCUUGCUGUGUAUUAAGCAAUGUGACCCAGAGAAACUGAUCACAGAGAGCAAGUACCUACAGCUGGAAUCUCUACAGGAGCUCAUGAAAGCUCUGAUCUCAGUGACUCCUGAUGAAGAAACAUAUGACGAAGAAGAUGCUGCUUUCUGUCUGGAGAUGCUGCUCCGCAUCGUUCUGGAAAACAGGGACAGAGUAUCAUGUGUGUGGCAGACUGUGCGCGACCAUCUGUAUCACCUCUGUGUGCAUGCUAAUGAGAGCUGCUUCCUGGUGGAGAGAGCUGUAGUUGGAUUGCUGAGACUCGCUAUACGCUUGUUGCGCAGAGAGGACAUCAGCUCACAGGUCCUGUUGUCUUUACGCCUGCUGUUAAUGAUGAAGCCUCACGUGUUGUCCAGGGUCAGUCGAGAGGUGGCCUACGGUCUCCAUGAGCUGCUCAAAACCAAUGCUGCCAACAUCCACUGCACUGAUGACUGGUAUACACUUUUCUCCCUGCUGGAGUGCAUCGGAGCUGGGGUCAAACCUCCAGCUGCCCUGCAAGUCACCAGUACCAAUCCAGACAGUGACACAGGUGCACAGUCUGACAGUGAAAUUAGCUCGUACCACCAGAGUGAAGUCACUCUGGACAGGGGUUAUACUUCAGACUCUGAGGUGUACACUGAGCAUGGCAAGUCCAGAAUACCCCGAUCUGCUACAGAUGUUGACGUAGGAUGGCUGGUGGUGGGUAAAGAUGACUUGGACGGCAAUAAGGUGCUAGUUGCUCCAGGCUCCAAGGCCCAAACUCCCCCUCCGAUUAACCAGUAUAGUUUAACCCUGGGUCAGGAUAUGGGCCUGCAUGACACUAAGUCCCUCAUCAAGUGUGUGGAGUCUCUCUCUUUCAUUGUACGCGAUGCUGCACAUGUCACCCCUGAGAACUUUGAGCUCUGUGUUAAAGCCAUUCGGGUGUUUGUGGAGGCCAGUCUUAAUGGAGGUUAUCGCACCCACGAGAAAAAGAAGAGCCACAAAUAUGACUCUAAAUCUAGUCGGCUACGGAAAAAGCCUCGAGAGAAAGAGGGAGUUUCCAGGCGAACUAAACCUACCAGUCAGCGGCCUUCUCGUUCACACAGUGAUGAUGAGGAAGAUGAGGGUGUGCCAGCUAGCUACCACACGGUGUCUUUACAGGUUAGUCAGGACUUGUUAGAUUUGAUGCAUACACUGCACACAAGAGCAGCCAGUAUCUACAGCUCCUGGGCAGAAGAACAGCGCCAUCUGGAGGCUGGUGGCAGAAAGAUUGAGGCAGACUCUCAGACGCUCUGGUCCAGCUGCUGGUGUCCUUUGCUCCAAGGUAUGGCCUGGCUGUGCUGUGAUGCUAGGAGACAAGUCCGCAUGCAGGCUCUCACCUACCUCCAGAGGGCGCUUCUUGUACAUGAUCUGCAAACAUUGGACGCUGUAGAGUGGGAAUCCUGCUUCAACAAGGUCCUGUUUCCACUGCUGACUAAACUCCUAGACAACAUCAGCCCAGCAGAUGUUGGAGGCAUGGAGGAAACCAGAAUGAGGGCCUGCACACUUCUUUCCAAGGUGUUCCUUCAGCAUCUUUCACCCCUGCUCUCUCUGCCCACGUUUGCUGCUCUCUGGCUCACUAUCCUAGACUUCAUGGACAAGUACAUGCAUGCUGGCUCCAGUGACCUCUUGCUGGAGGCAAUUCCUGAGUCUCUGAAGAACAUGCUGCUGGUGAUGGACACUGCGGGCAUCUUUCACAGUGCAGACUCUCGUACAGGCUACUCUGACCUGUGGGAGAUCACCUGGGAGAGGAUUGACUGCUUCCUGCCCCGUCUCAGAGAGGAACUCUUCAAACAGGCAGUAAUUCCAGAGCCUGUCCCUAGUGUUUCUGUAGAACCUGCUCCACCUUCUGCUCCCGUUUCUCCUGCAUCCUCCCCUGUGCCAGCUCCUGCACCAGUGCCAGCAGCCACUACAGAGCCAAAGACCCUCAGCAGACCUGCAUCACCCCAGGACAUGCCAACACCCAGUGCCAACGGAACUGAUAGAUCAUCUCCAGUGCCACCAUCCACUCCACCAGCGCCCACUUCAGUAAAGAGUUCCUCUGAGUCCCCUGCUCCCCUAAGCCAGUCUCCUCUAAUACUCCAGCCCUUAGCCUCUCCACUGCAAGUGGGUGUGCCCCCCAUGUCCUUGCCAAUCAUUCUAAAUCCUGCCCUCAUUGAGGCUACAUCACCUGUCCCCCUGCUGCCACCUCGGUCAGCUGAACCUGCUGACAUUUCAGAGGUCAAAUAGAGCACUCCAGCUUGGCCAGCUUGGAUACCUGAGGACUUGAGAGCAUACCCCACACCAUUGCGCUCUUUUAGCAUUAACAUUCUCGUGCUUGCCUCACAACCAGCCCAAACUAAAUAAAGUACAUCAAGCCAAGACCUGGGAAGAGAAAUGGAGAGCUAAAGAGAGAGAGAGCGAGCGAGAGAGAGAUUUGCAUGCUCCUCAUUUCCUACCUAAAAACACACACAAAGGUAUAUUACACCCAGAGCUGUUGAAGUUGGUCCUUUAUUGAUCCAGUUUGCACAGAUAUUUAUUCAGACUAGGCAUGCACAUCUGGAAAAAUGAAGGACAGAUCUACAGUGAUGGGAACAGACCACAACUGUUUCAAGAUUAACAUAGAGUAUUUCUACCCUUUAGGGCAGAAUUAAUAUAUUAAUACUACAUUGCUUCAGAUUACUCCUGAAAUUUUCUUUGACAGAAAUCGUAUAAAAUAAUUUAUUCACUUUAGGUUCAGAAUAAGUACUAAAUAGGAUUUACAAAUAUGUACAUUUCUGGGGUAUACAGACUGCACUGUGUGAGGAAUACCUUUGAAAUGGCUCUAGCACUAACUUUCCAUCACACCACUCAAGAUCAUUUUAACUGUAUAGUAAGAAUUUAAACAUAAUUUAUAUUUUUUGCAAAUGUUUGAUUUCUUAGGUUUUGACAUAACUAUGCUGUGCUAUGCGUAGACCAUGGCAUUGUAACUUCAGAAAUGCAAGCUUUUCAUUUGGAAAACAUCUACAAUCAAAAUGGUUUCCCCCAAAAAGUAGUCGUUUUGAGGAUUAACGAGUGAUUGUUUUUUCUGCUCUGAUUGAACCCAGUGGUGAACAAGAAGUCUUUUUUUUUUUUUUUUGUCUUCAUGAAAAAUAUGCUCAAUGAACUCGCACAUCUAGAACAUUCCAGAGCUGUUCCUAUGUUGAGUCUAAGAUAGCUUAAAUGACUGAAUGUGCUUUCAGCAGAAAUCUGAAUGUCGGGUUUUAUCACAUUGUUUUUUACUCCUAAUGGGUCUUAAAGAGAUUAUGUGAAUUAAGUACAGUAUUGAGAUCACAUUGUGCAUUAGUUUAUAUUUCUCAUAUUGGUGUAAUUCAAAGUUUAACCAUGUCGGUUUUAAAGACCGUUUGGAAUCUUUAAAAAGAAAACAUCAGAACAAAAAAUGGUUCACUGUAUAUGAAUGAGGAGGGGGGGGUGCAGAACACACUCAAGGUUUUAUGAAAUUAGUUCUUACAUUGAGGGACUCCUCUUUAUUGCACCCCUUCUUCCAAAGAAACAGAUGGAAGUGAGAGCUGUUUUCACUCUGGACUUUUCUGGACAUUUACAGGCUGGAUUGAUCUUUAAUUCAAGUUCUGAAUACUGUGUGGUGUCUGAAUAUCAGAACAGAAGGACGCAUAACUUCCAAUCACCAUACAGCUGAAUGCUUUUUUUUUUUUUUUUUUUGUAAACAGCCAAAGUCUUUAGCUUCAUUAAGGGAUAGGCUAACCAGGGCCUGUUCAAAGCUGAGCCUUCCAUUGAGUGAGAAAUACUUAAACAGUCACAACACAGUCGGCUUGGUUGCCUCCUCUUACAGUACAUGUGUACUGAACUGGAAUAACGAAGAGUCUCUCAAGCAGCUAAAGUUUUGAAUCAUUUGGAAUCUUCUUUUUUCUCCCCCUGUAAAAAAAAAAUGUGCUUUUAUUGUACUGCAUUUUAGAAAAAUCA